UGCUGAAGAGUUCCUCUCGCCUGAAAAAACGGCACACUCACGUUUUCAGUGGAUUACAAGGAAACUGGAAAAGCCAUGCUGCACUACCCGAUUAUUAAAAGAAAGAUAAAAACAUCUCUAAUAGGGAUGAGUACAAGUUGUGAGGCAGUGAGCCUGCGCAGAUCUAAAUGAGUUAUUUAUAAUGGGUGUUUUAAAAGUGUAAUAAUAAUAUUUAAUGUGAUCAUACUGGAGGUUUUAAACGCUCACAGGUGUGACGCCGCGGCGUAAACAACCAACCGACCAGGUAAAGUCACACAGUUGUUGGUACCUGUCAGACAAAACAACACAGCCUGUUCAACCUCGGGAGUGUGGCACGAGGGUAGGUGUGUCUCAUAAAUAAUGAGCGAGGGGCUGAGAGGUCUGUUAAAAGCCGUGGCCCCGCCCACCUCGCGCCUCGCUCGCCUUGAUCCGCGAGGUGUGACGUCACGUGAACUGCUCGUGUUCGUUCCAGCUGAGAGAGAGAGAGAGAGAGAGAGAGAGAGAGAGCACGGUCGGACGUGGACGUCGCACGGCCCAAACACAGACCGAAGCCCGUGAGCCCGUGACUGGAUCCACCGGAUGCAAAAAAAAGUACAGACAGAAAGAGGAAACGACCCCCUCCUCCCCCCGCGACGGACAGCAGAGCGCGACAGCAGAGGAGAGAAACACCAAUACAACUUGUCAUCUGACCAACACAGCCACUGCCCUCGUCGCUGAGUGUGGUUUUUUUUUACUGUUCACACUGUUUCGGUUGUUUUGUUUUGACGGGCUGUUUUUUGGCUCUUGCAACUAUUUUUAUUUUUUGGAGGAUCUUCUUCCUUUUAUUUUUGCAUUGCCGGACGAUAAAACUCGGGAUAUUAACUCUUCAAGUUUUUUUAUUUGUGACAUUCGUCCCUGUCCGUGCAAGUCUGCGGAUUUCAUUGUCAGUCUCAGCGCCUUUUUGUAUUAUUAUAUGGACAGUGUUGUUACUCAGAUGGUCUGACUGUCCCUCCCACACGGAGAAUAACAGCUUGAUCUUGAACAGUUUCAACAACCUACAACUGCAAUGGAAUAUUUUGAUGUAAAUAUCUCUGCAAGGAAAUAAGGGAACUCUUCAUAACUACAAGUUACAGUCAUCCAGCACACUUGGUCCUAUUGGUAGGUGCUUCGGUCAGUUUGCCACGCCCCUUUCAAGUGCCCCAGGUGUCUCUUUUUCCAACUCCGUCUGGUCCAGGAUGUCCAGGCAGCUCACCCAGCUUCCGACCCCCGACCUCCCAGCUGGCGCAAGCCCACAGUUUGGAAGUUGUACUCAGCCUGCUGGCUCCCUAACAGGGGGGCAUCUCAGCUCAAUGACGGGUCUAAAAUCCCUCCUGCAGCAUCCCAUGAAGGGAGACCAGCGUUUGAAAAGCCCAUGUGAUACAAAAGACAAAGAGAGGCUGGACCUUGAUGAGGACUCCAUGGGAGUGUGCCCCAUGAGGAAUGGCAGUGGAAUAGGCAACAGCAAUAGCAGUAAUGGCUGUGGAGGAGGAGGAGGAGGUGGAGGAGGAGGAGGUGGUGGUAGUGGUGCUGGAAGUGGAAAUGGAGGAGGAAGUUUCAACCAGUUCUUGGGGCCUCUCUUGUGGGAUCGCACCCUGCCUGCAGAUGGGGGCCUCUUCCAGCUUCAGUACAUGGACUUGGAGGAGUUUCUGACUGAAAAUGGAAUGGGCAGCAUGCAUAACAACAACAGCUCCAGCUCAGCCCAGAUCCCCUCACAGAGCUCCCAGUCGGCUGUUCCCAACCAGAGCUCCCAGUGCCUACCGCCCUCGUCACCGCCUGGUUCUUCAUCUUCAUCACCUUCGUCCUCUUCAUCCCCAUCGCUCAUUGGUCUGGAGGUGGCUCAGCCCCAGAGCCUUGCAGGAGGAAGCGACUGUCUGCAUGGGAGUCAGACGAGUAUGAACGAUUCCUGUGAGUCACCCUGUUCCUCCUCCUCGUCCUCCUGUCCACCUCUGCUGACACCCACGGGCAGCGGGCCAGAUGCGGUGGAAAUGUUUGACAUGGAUGCUUCAGACACAAUGUCCAACUCCUCUGGCCAGCAGAACUUCGACCCCAUGAGGUGCUCCUUCAGUGAAGAGGAGCUCAAGCCACAGCCAAUGAUCAAGAAGGCUCGCAAGAUCCUGGUUCCUGAUAACAUGAAGGAUGAGAAGUACUGGACCAGGAGGUAUAAAAACAAUGAAGCAGCAAAGCGUUCCAGAGAUGCUCGCCGUCUCAAGGAGAACCAAAUAUCAGUGCGCGCUGCCUACCUGGAGAGAGAGAACGCCGCUCUCCGACAGGAAGUGGCCGAGAUACGGAAGGAACUUGGCCGUUGUCGCAACAUCCUUAGUAAAUACGAGAACCGUCUCGCUGACCAGUGAUGAAGGCGUGGAAGGCCUGGAAUCAGGAAGAGGAGGAAUUAAAGCUGGAUUAAAUUUAAGACUCUGAAUUUUUGGGGUGGACAGAAUGGACAGAAUGGGGUCAAGAAAAUGGUGAUGAUGAUGAGGAAGCUGAUGAUUAUGAUGAUGAAUGUAUAAGACAAGGAGAAGGUUUGUGUAAUGAAGCUCAGGUGUCUUGUUUUGUUGAGGUGUCAGCUCUUAAAAGUGAAAGACAGAGAGAAUAAUUUAACAGAUGAAAGAUGUGACUUUUAAGAGUUUUGUUAUUGGAGAAUUGUAUAUUUUUAUAAUACUUAAGAAAAAUUAGAGGGAGAGCAAAUUUGGAGAAUAAUUUUGUAUAUUUUCUACAUGACGGGGACAUAGAGACCGGGCAAAGCUAUGGUAAAUAUCUUUUUAUUAUAGAUGAGUCAGGAGAUGUUUAACUGGUGGUCAGCCAUCGAUGGGUAUUUUUCGACUUGAUUAUUAUAGUCAGGAUGCAGCAGCAGGGGCGAGGACGCAUGUAACAAUUGUAAUAUAGAGAGCAAAAAUUAUCUUAUAAUCGUAUAGUUCAACAUUUUUGUGGAUUUUACUCAAGCACUUAUUUUUUUUCCUGUUAUGUUUCUGUCACUGGGAAUGGGCAUGCUAGAGAGAAACAACAUGAGAGACAAGGGGAGACACCAUGUAAACAAUCCAGCACUACCUUCAACACUCGUCUUGACCAGUCUUGUGAGCUCUUUUUUAAUAGAACAUUUUUUUUACUAAUUGACUUUGAGUUCCCCAACAAUAUUAGUACUCUGUACUUUGAGCUUAACUUUAUGCGAUUGGUACAUCUUUCUCUAGUCCAUACUUGUAUCUUUGACUUUGACUCUUUUUCUCUAUCCCAGUUGAGUGCUUUUAAUCUGCUCUGGUGUUUUUCGUAUCUUACUUAAGCUGGUGAAAGCCUGCUGUUGUGAUGCCCUGGGUAACUCUGCUCCUCUUGAUCCUCUCUUUGAAUUGUUGGGACAUUUUCUCUUCCUCUGUUUCUAUAUCCAACUGCUCUAUUUCUGUCUGCUCUCACUUACAGCCAAUCCCCUUACAGUUAUGUGCAAACUCUUCAUAACAUUUUGUCCCUGUGUCUCUCUUGUACCUCAACGGUGCAUAGAGUAGUUAAAAUCUCAGUGUUGUAAGGUUUUCUGAAAUAGUAAUCAACCUUCCCAGUAAAACGCACAUGGUUACUUUACUGUAUACUUUAUGAAAACACUUUAAUUAGCAUUAUAAUGGGGGGAGAAAUGUUGUGUAUAUUGGAUAGGCCUAUACUAUUUUGUGUAUUUUAUGUAUUCCAGGAGAUGGGUUGAAUACCCCCAUUGAGUGGAAUGGUGUUAACUUCUCAGAUUUCUGGGAGAAAUAAAAGCCAAAAUUUCCUAUGUUGAUCCACAAAGCUUGUUGCUAUUUAGUGCUUUUUUCAAUACUGCUCCUUCUUUACUGUUUACUCCUGUUAUUACUUUUUACUGUAUCUAUAAACUUCUCUGUGUACCCACAACACCUACACAGGGGCAUGGUACACUAUGUUAUGUUCCUGGAGGAGGGGUGACUAGUAAUAGAGUGUGAUUUUAAACCCCUUAAUGACCAUGAUGAAUAGUUACCAUUACUGCUAUUAUUAUUGUUAUGGUUAUGAUGAUUAUCCCUCUUGUUGUUGCUGUUCUAUAUUAUUGAAUGAUUUUCUUUCUUUGGAUAAACAUGAUCAGUUGCACCUUGAAACAUCUUCAGUGUUCCUCAGAAAGACAAUUCAAAGGAAAAAACCCUCACUGUCUGCCAAUUGCAUCCUGUCUCAGACCUCCAAACAUUACUCGGACACUACUGCCACCUUGGUUUCUUUGACAAUGAAUUUCACGUGGCUCAAUAGCUUGAACAUGAUGUUCAUGCGGACUUACUUUACCUUUUCCUGGUGACCUCUUCUGUUCCCCAGUGGUGUAUGGACUAUGCACACUAUCAAUAUGCUCCUUGUUGGUUUAUUUCAGCCUCUGUCACCUCAAUCAGUGAUUGUUUGCUCUCCCAACAGGAUUUAGUCUCUAAUAUCUUCACAGAUGUGGUUGAUAAAUCUUUUAGUGACUCUUAAUUGAACUACAACUGCCCUGCUGCAUCAGUGGUGUCCAUGGUGCCCAGCCCACUCAGUGCUGGUUAUUUGGAUGUAGUCAAGAUUUUUCCAACACCAAUAAAAGAUUGUUCUCAUUCA